UGCAUGGAUCUCUUUCCUCUCCUUCCCUGUGUCUGUAGCAGCGUGGACUCUGAUGAUAGGUGACAAUGAUCUGCCACCAGCACCAUUCCCACAUCAAGUCAUCAGAGGAGGAGAGAGAGGACAGCCAGGAUACUUGCCUUCUGGCUAGGAGUGCUUUAAGCUUGCAAUGAGCUGGGAUUUACUUGGAUCUCUUUGGGGCUGCGGACAGAGCUCUCUUUCCUCUCCUUCUUGUUGAUAUACCUCGCCACACUCACAGGCAGAGCCAUGAAUCUGGACUUUAAGAGCUGGGUGCUGGCCACUGUCACCUUGUUAGUGGUGUUUCUCAUCCUGGCUGAUAUCUCUGAGCUGGAAGUGGAGAUCGGGAGUCCUGGAGGGAGAGGCACAAUCAGAUCAGCUGUGGAAAGCUUACAUAGCAAAUCUAAUAGAGGAGAAUUAGCAAUAAACGAGUCAUCGACUCCAGCUGUACCUGACAGAAGUAAUGAUCACAUCAAGUACAACAUCAAAUCAACCUCAACCAUGUGGAAACACAACCAGACCCUCUCACAAAAGAUCAGAAAACAAAUAUUGCAUUUCUUGGAUGCUGAAAGGGACAUCUCUGUUCUGAAGGGAACAUUGAAGCCUGGUGAUAUAAUACAUUACGUGUUUGAUCGAGACAGCACCAUGAACAUAUCUAAGAACCUGUAUGAACUCUUACCAAGAACAUCGCCGCUCAAAAAUAAGCAUUUUAAAACAUGUGCUAUUGUGGGAAACUCUGGGAUAUUGCUGAAUAGUGGCUGUGGAAAUGAAAUUGACUCUCAUGACUUUGUAAUAAGGUGCAAUCUGGCACCUGUUGAGGAGUAUGCUCGAGAUGUUGGCAGAAAGACCAAUCUAGUAACCAUGAACCCAUCAGUAGUCCAGCGUGCCUUUGAGGACUUGGUUGAUGAUACGUGGAAGGAGAAAUUCCUGCAACGUCUGAAAAGUCUUAAUGAAAGCAUCCUGUGGAUCCCAGCAUUUAUGGCCAAGGGUGGAGAGGAGCGAGUGGAGUGGGUGAAUGACCUCAUCAUUAAGCAUCAUAUCAAUGUGCACACUGCCUACCCUUCCUUACGCCUGCUCCAUGCGGUCCGAGGGUACUGGCUCACAAAUAAGGUACACAUAAAAAGGCCUACUACUGGACUCCUGAUGUACACUCUGGCAACACGUUUCUGCAACAGGAUCUACUUGUAUGGGUUUUGGCCAUUCCCCCGAGAUCUCCACCAGAACCCUGUAAAAUAUCACUACUAUGACAGCCUAAAAUAUGGUUAUACAUCACAGGCAGGCCCACAUGCCAUGCCCUUGGAAUUUAAAGCACUGAAAAAUCUACACUUACAAGGAGCAUUGAAACUUACAGUCGGAGAAUGUGAAGCAGCUACAUAGCACCAUAUCUAACCUAGUUCCUUCAUACACCAAGAACUGGUGAGACAAAAAUAGGAGAAACUGGCUAGUGACACUCUAAUUGUCCAAAUGUAAAUGAGAUGAAAACAAUAUUGUUGGCUUUUAAUGGAGCAUCGAGGCUCAGGUAGCAAGAAGCUAUAGUGGUUGAUGUGAUGGUGAAGUAGAGUGAUCAGGAUACCUAGUGCUUCAUAGAUUUGAAUCAAUAUAGUACUGAAGGUCUCGAACAUCUAGUAGUAUUCUGCUGUAGGUCUCUUCUUCAUUGCUCUAAAACUGUAGUACUAGCGAAGCCACAACUACAAUAGAAAGUAUGUCUUGUCCAAGGGUGAUCCUGGUGCUAAUUCUGUUCGGUAAUGACGUAAAAGGUUUCUAUUAUGUUCUGUGUUUCUUUUUUUGUCCCAUGGAGACAUACUAAUAUACAUCAGCUGAAUUAGUGGUAGAUAAACCUAAAUGUUACAUUAUUAUAGGGAUAUGUUAUUCAAAGAACAUAAGACAAUCAUCUUGAAGGAUGUUAAAAAAAAUUGUAAGUGGAAUGUGCAGUAAAA